CCCCCACGCACUCUCGCUUCAGCUUUUGAUCUAUUGGACCGCCACACGCCCAGGCCGUCCCCAUCUUCCCCCAAACCUUGCUCUCCCGUAUUCCCUUCCCAUCCCCGUUCUCCCAUCCUGCAGCUCGAUUUGCGAAAUACUCAUUCCAAGAACCGCGAGGAUCCGAUCCAAUCACCUCCUCUCGUGCCAUGGAUGAAUCUGAUGAGCACAGCAACGGCAACCACCACCACGGUUACGAGUGGAAGUUCCCGGCAGCGCUGUCGGCGAACACGACGAGCGUGCACGUGACAGCGCUGGACGGCGUGGUGAACGUGAACUCGCUCUUCACGGUGGCCGUGUUCGUGGGCCUCUCCCUGGCGACCCCGGAGCAGCUGCGGAGCCUCGCCGGCGACCCGUCCUGCGACGCGGGGCCCGGGGUGGCCCGGUCCCUGCUAGUGCUGGAGGUGGUGGCCUUCUCGUCCUUCCUCUUCUCCAGCCUGGUGGCGCAGGGCCUGAAGCUGGCGCUGAACCUCAUCAACUCCAAGGACCCGCACGACGCGCUGCGCGCCCACAUCGACGCCCGCGUGCUCCGACUCGGGAUGCUGGCCUCCGCCGUGGGGUCCGUGGUCGGGUGCGUGUUCCUGAUGGUGUCCAUGGUGAUGGUCGUGCAGAUCCGGCUCGGCACGCUGGGCUGCGCCAGCAACCGCGCCGCCGCCAAGGCCGCCGCGGGGCUCGUGGGGCUCGUCACCACCGCGCUCGCAGUCUACGUCGGCACCGUCUUCUACACCUUCACCCACUGAUCAAUGGCGAUGACUGCUGUUGCUCGACGUGGCCGUGGUGCCCGUACAGUGUAUUGCUGCAUCCUGAGUACUUUGAUGAAACUUGUUUGGUUUGGGGGAACAUCUGUUUGUAAACAAGUCUGUGCUACUGUCGGAAACUGUCGAGCUUUCAUCCUUCUGCAGUUGUUGAUCUUGCAAUGGACGCAUAGGCCGGCCAAGGAUUUGCAGUCCCCAUUCACAGUUU